AUGGUGCAGAAUCUUGUCUACUUGAAGUCCUUCCUUGUUUCCACCUUAAGUUGCGGACAUGAAUGCGUCAACAGUAAUCAUAUCAAGUGUAACAAAUAUGGUGGACAGUUUGUCAACGUCACCAGAAGUCGUGAGGCUGCCUUCAGCUACGCCAUUAGUUCGGCUGGAGUCACGUACGCCAUCACCCAGGCGUGCAGCCUAGGGAACCUCACUAACUGUAGCUGUGAUAAAGACAAAAUGGACGGAUCAGACAGAGGGAGUGCUACAGGAUUAGACACAGGGAGUGCUACAGGAUUAGACACAUGGAGUGCUACAGGAUUAGACACAGCGAGUGCUACAGGAUUAGACACAGGGGGUGCUACAGGAUUAGACACAGCGAGUGCUACAGGAUUAGACACAGGGAGUGCUACAGGAUUAGACACAGGGAGUGCUACAGGAUCAGACACAGGGAGUCCUACAGGAUCAGACACAGCGAGUGCUACAGGAUUAGACACAGGGAGUGCUACAGGAUUAGACACAGGGAGUCCUACAGGAUCAGACACAGCGAGUGCUACAGGAUUAGACACAGGGAGUGCUACAGGAUUAGACACAGGGAGUGCUACAGGAUCAGACACAAUGAGUGCUACAGGAUUAGACACAGGGAGUGCUACAGGAUUCGACACAGGGGGUGCUAUAGGAUUAGACCCAGCUCGUGCUAUAACAUCCCACACUAACAGGGACACAGAGCAUGCUAUAGGACCAAACACAGAGCAUGAUAUAGGACCAGAGACAGGGCAUGCUAUAGGACAAGACACAUAG